UUAGGGCAGCAAUCCAUACGUCCGAGUGUCCUGUACAGUUUGCGCGCCAACGCGCGAUCGUAGCAAACGGCCAGCAGAUAGCGUUGUGCCGCGGUACGUGUUUGUUCUUGUAAGGAAGUUGCUCGUGCAUUUUGCUUGCAAAGUCCAAAAUGCUCUCGCACGAUAAAACUUCUAUCCCUCCGUCGCCGGUUGACGAGGAUAAGUUGGAAAGGAGAGCAUUCCGGGAGGAGUUGCAACGCAAACGACUCUUGCAGCUAGAAGCGCUGGAGCAGAAGCUUGCCGGUUUUGCCAAGUUUAAUCAGGCACAAACCAAAAAGAAACGCAAUGGGCGACCGGUGGUGGUGGCUGGGAAUAGGCAAUUGCGAAGCAUAGAGAACCUGCACCAAUCGGACCUUCAGAAUAACAACCAAGUGGACGGGACUGAAUUCACCGAAUCGCCAUCCUUCAUCAAGGGCACCAUGCGCGACUACCAGGUGCGCGGUCUUAACUGGUUGAUCUCCAUGCACAAAAACAAUCUGAACGGCAUUCUGGCCGACGAGAUGGGACUCGGCAAGACGAUACAGUCCAUUUCCAUGAUUGGCUAUCUAAUGCACGUCUGCAAUCUCAAGGGACCGUUUUUGGUUGUGGUGCCACUUACAACACUGGUCAACUGGAUGAAUGAGUUUGCGCGAUUCCUGCCGUCCGCUAAAGUGUUUCGGGCACAUGGCAUAGGUGACGAGCGGGGGACGAUCCUUGCUAAACUGCGCGCUCCGAAACCGUCGUGGAAUGUGGCCAUCACUACGUACGAAUUCAUCUCCCAGCAUGAUUUACAGUUCAAGCGAAUUAACUUUCACUAUGCCAUCAUCGACGAAGGCCACCGGGCAAAGAAUGAAAAAACAUUGUUUGCCAACGUCCUGCGGCGUUGUAACAUCCAGAGCAUGGUGCUGCUGACCGGUACACCGGUGCACAACAAUCUGCACGAGCUGUGGGCGCUGCUGAAUCUGCUCAUGCCAGUGUUCUUCAGCAAUGCGGACAACUUUCAUUCCUGGUUCACGGAGGAGGACUGCCUCGAUCCGGAACACGAGCAAACGAUCCGGUUGAAGAAUCUGCUCAAACCGUUGCUGUUGCGCCGCACGAAGCUGGACGUGGCUUCCUCCAUUCCACCGAAGGUGCACAUCGACAUUUACGUGCCACCGACGGAACAAAUGUGCCUGUGGACGCAUAAAGUGUUGCACCACGAGGUGCAGACGAUGGCUUCGAAUGGCCGUAUGACCGCGUUUAACAUAACGAACCGCUUGGUGCACAUGCGCAAAGUGAUACAACAUCCUUACCUCAUUCCGGGUGCCGAGGCCAUGAACACGGAACUGGUUACAGACGACAUCGUGAAUUUUAGCUCGAAGAUGAUUCUGCUCGACAAGCUGCUUCGGCGGCUGCGGGCGCGCGGCUCGAAAGUGCUCAUCUUCAGCCAGUACUCGAUCGUGCUGGACAUACUGAUGGAUUAUCUCGAUUGGCGCGAGUACGAGUACUGCGUGCUGCGCGGAGCGACCAAACACGAGGAUCGCCAAGCGCAGAUGGAUGAGUUUAAUCGGCCCGAUUCGUCCAAGUUUGUCUUCCUGCUGACGACCCGUGCCGGCGGCGUCGGCAUCAAUCUGAUCGGCGCCGACACGAUCAUCUUCUACGACAUGGACUUUAAUCCGCAGAUGGACUUUCAGGCGGAGGACCGAGCGCAUCGCAUUGGGCAGCUGAGGAAGGUGCACGUGAUUCGGUUGCUCGUUCGCGGCAGCAUCGACGAGCUGCUGUACCACCACUCGACGCGCAAACGGUUGCUGGACGAGUCGGUAAUACGGGCAACGGCCAAACCAGGCAAACAGAUAGAGGCCGCUGCGUACGAAUAUCAGCGCAAAUCGCUGAUGGCGGAAGGGCUGGUUGAUCCGGCGGCCAUCGACGAAAAGCUGGACGAGCUGAUGCGUUCGAUGGGUGCUUUGGAUGGUCCUUACACGAAGGAUUCCGGUUUGCAGGAAGAUUGCAAGAUUGUGGUGCCCGGCGUACCGUGCGACCUGCAGCUGGACACAUUCCUGAGCGCGAGUCAGUUGCAGAACAAACGCAAGCAGGAGGAGACCGUCAGUCCCCUGCCAGAGAAACGUGCCCGGCGCAGCAUCCAUCAACAAUUUUAGAUCGCAUGACAAAUGGGCUCGACGAUAAGAGAUUUCCGCAUUGGAUUGAUUGUUUGUGUUCGUGGUUACCUCUGUUAUCAUCCAGUAUUAUGCUUGCUACAAGAAACCUGUCCGUUUUUAAGCUUAACUUUUUGUGUUUUGUGUACAAUAGCACCCCAUUGAAGGGAGCAAUAAAUACUCAUCUCAUGUCGAUUGCAGAUACAGCA